AUGUACUCACGCAAGCUUCUUUCCAAAAGCUUCCAAGAAGCUGAAGAUAUCAGAGUUGUUCCACUAAAACGAUCCUCCAUGACUGGCUCCGUCGAAAUUCUAUCCGACAUCGAACUCUGCCAGAAUCAACCAGAAACAACCGGCAAGCCAAGAAGGAAGAAGCUCACGAGAAAAGUCUCCAGCUCAAGCCGUUUCUACGAGUGCGUUGCAUACCUCAAACGACACAACCAGGAGGCUGAUUCGGAGGAGUGGACCAGGGUCCGCGUUGCGCUGGAACAAGAACUUCUAGUUUUCCAGGACAUUUCCGGCGCCAUCUCCCCAUCCAUGCCCCUCCUGGUCAACUUGAAAAUCGCCCGGGUACGAGAGAUCAGACUCAAGGAUGCUGGCAAAGGAGGACUGGAAAUUCAAGCUUUGGAUAACGUCUUCACCAUCCGCUUCAAGGACAGACACACUCGCAGACUUUGGCUCGAUCGAAUCGAACUCGAAGUUCAGCGAAACAAGAAGAGUAGACGAGUGGGAAAGCUCUCGAAGAAGAGCCACCAUUUUUCAGACUGCAACUUGCUCAAGACUGUUCGCGAGAGUUUCAAAGCCUUGAAACGAAAGCACCUUGGUACUUUUUAA